AUGGAGAGGAAGCCGCUGGACUCCGACGAGAGGCGUUCAGGCCGAAAUGGACCGAAACAUCUUCCAACCCAACCCCGCCCCCCUCCUCUCUGUGUCUCUCUCUCUAACGUCAAGGUAUCUUCUUGCUCUGCGGAGUUGUCUCCGUCAAAAUCCAAGAAAAAUCGUCGUCUGUUCAGGUUCAUUGAGAUCAGAUCCUUUGAGAUUCCUUCUCUUCUUGCUGCCAUUCUGUCUCCACGGGGAACCUGCCUUCAGACGCUCCGGAAAUCCAUUAGACUGGAAGAUAAAAAAUGUUGUGCUGUUGGAAUUAGAGACAGCUGUUCCCGUCUAUCAACAAUUUCAAAAGAGUUAGGAUACCUGGAAUGGUUUUCAGUGGAGCCUUUGAAAGCUCCGGGGUCUCAUCUGUGGCAGAAUCUAGGGUCAGUCAUCUUGGUCCAUGGAGGAAUGAAGCAGAGAUACAUAGGGGCCUGUUCAUGAUGUCCAGUGGUCUUCUUCAGUGUUCCUUCGCUUGUUUCAGUCAUGCCUGCAAAAGCAACAACUUAUGACAAGAAAUGCAAUCCACUGCUGGAUCUUGGUUAAGGUCCUUAUAAUACCAUCAGAUGGAACCCGAAAGCAAGAUGUAUCCUUCUGCGCAAAAUCAUUUAGACGUAUUUCAUGCAGUCAUAUCCAUUGUGGCUAUCAACUGUGACAAGGCUUGUAGAAAAACAACAGUUCUUUAUACUCAAACUUGUUUCCUCAAUUGUUGUGGAUACAGUUAUAUGUUUGCAGGUUUUAACAAUUUGCCUGGCGAUAUGGUAUGUCCAUAGGUGCUUUUUCUGUGUGUGGAUGGUGUUGAUUUUAACACA